GGAUGUCUUCGUCCACAGCCGGUCGGCAGAGGCAGCCAGUGACGAGGACAACCGGCACCUACAGAGGCUCAGAGCAAACGACCUCAGUUAUAAAGAUUUACCUCAAGGCCCAGCCAAGCUUCACCAAGUUACCAGCUUCCACAGCAGUGGUUUGCCGUCCCCGGUGCCCUCAACUUCCAUUUCGUCGAGCAGUCCUCAGCAUCCAGCUCAUGCGCCGUUCAUGCUGAUGGUCACCUCACCGCAUGUGCCCCAUGGCCACGCACUAGCAACAGCUGCCAAAGACACAAGGUUUUCCUGUCAUCAAGUACAGAGCUCCAGCGUUCAAAGCAAAGGUCACGUCCACACCAACUGUAUGUCCUGUGAGCCGUUACGAAUGUUGCCUCAGGACGCACAGGAAUCUGGCUCCAGAUCUUGCCUGCAAGAAAGAGGGACGCCUCCCUGUCCUCAUCACUCCAGAGAAAAUGAAGUGGAAAUGUUUAAUUCCUUAGCAAAAUCAUUUCAAAGCAGUACCUCUCAGUCUUCCCUCGAAAGUGACUCUUCGCCUCCAACCGUCUCGAACUUCGUACCCUCACUCUCCUCUUCCCCGCACUCAUCCCUUUUUUACUCCUCAUCGACUUCAGAUACUUCUCGGUCGGUUUACUCAUCUUCCUCUGGCUUUCAGUUGUCUGCUUCACGGUCCUUCAUGUCGGGCAGCACCGCUGUCGAGUCCUCCAGCACACUCCCUACGCCUCCCUCCUCCCUCUUAGUCCCUCUCAACACUUUUCAUUACACGCAGUCGAAUAUUCCCCUACCUCAUGCAUGCUCCAAUGAGCUUCUAAGUGCUUCGCCGCCGCCACUCCGUCGUGCAGCUGCCGUGUUCGCAACACCUGCGCGUGCCUUCCCUGGCCUCUCCGAUGCAUCCGUCCAGGCACAGUCUGUGCGCCUCAUCGCAGAAAGUCACCCGGUGCCCCACCGGCCUCCUGCUAUCUUUUCGUGUAGUUUUCUCGAUACUCGAACAUCAAAAAAACUCAGUUUGAAUUCUCUGACCCUGUCACGGUUGAGUCCCAAAUUGGCCGCCGCCAGUGAGCCAUUGCUGUCGAGCCACAACGCCCCGCAACGGUCUCCGACCAUCACCCCGCUGUCCAGCCAACAGUCAUUCUUCAUCACAUCAGCUUCCAUCUCGGAGCACCAAGAUUCCUCUGAGGAGAAAUACUCAACUCUUGCUUCAUCUUGCCGUGCCCUUGAUCCAUUUUUCCCAACAUCGGUUGUUUCAUCAGGUUCCGUGCCGAGCAGCGCACCGCCCUCGCUCCCUCUCACCAGGAAGACGCAAGUCUUUAGUGCUACAAGUGACCUUGGCUCCGGUCGCCGCCACCGCAGACGCCGCCACACCUCUCUGCCCGAGGGUGGCGAGGAGCAGUAGUGGCCGACGCGGCUGCCGCCCACCGCCCUAUAGUGGACACGUUUGUAUGUCGCUGUUGUCAUCAUUGUGACCCUUUGAACUUAGAUAUAUGUGUGUGUGUGUGUGUGUGUGUGUGUGUGUGUGUGUGUGUGUGUGUGUGUGCUCUUCAUGACUGCGAAGUAAGACAUUGCUACCCGUAACUUACAGUUGGAAUGCACGUGACGGUCAUCCAGUAAAUGGCAUGUCCGUCAGGAGCGGCCAUUGGCCAGGCACGAUGCUUCCCCACCAUUACUUGCCACUCACCACUGCGGCAGAGAAAAGAAAAGAAAACAAUAGAUUAAAUAUUAAAUAAAAAUCAAAUAAAAAAAAACGUGAAACGAGAACAAGAACAUCUACCGAAGCAUCGGUCUGGCUGAAGAGCUAUCAAUAAAUUUAUUAUUUAAUGGUUGCAGCUUAUUAUUACAGUACUAGAGAGAGAGAGAGAGAGAGAGAGAGAGAGAGAGAGAGAGAGAGAGAGAGAGAGAGAGAGAGAGAGAGAGAGAGAGAGAGGCUAUUUUUCCAGCAGUGAAACAAAACUGUUCUACAAAACUAGAAGACUUCAUAAAGCUUUAUAUCGGUAUGUUAAUUCCCCCACUCGCCUUUCUCUCUCUCUCAAGCAAAACUGUUCCCCCAGAGUUACUGAACCACUUCCCGAGAACACCUGAGCGACGCAGGGAAAUCAGGACUCCUUAGCCGUGGUUUGCCAGCGGGUAUGUCUCAGGACAGGUUUAGAUACAUUUAGAUGUAUAUAGAUCUAGCAACCAUAUAAUCACAAUGCAUUCACAUACACGUGAGCUCAUGGUUCACCAUAACAUCUUUUUACGAUGAGAUUAAUGUAGGUAAAAAAGAUAACUCUUUUUUAAUUGCUUUUUGUAUGGCACAACAUGCAGAUGCAGUUUGCCAAGGAUAACACGGGAAUUCACAUAUACAAUAUUUCCGAAGUGGUGUUGGAUAAAGUGUGUAUUAUGCCAUGUCCGGAACCCUUCAGUCUGUCCUGCCACUGUCUUCCACGUGGUGAUCUUGACUCGUGAAUGACAUCCGCAUUAGCAAAAUAAGUUUAAUGAUACAAACUUUUCAGGAAUUACUUGAGAUUUUUCCCUGUAUGUAGAUUUUUUUAAAGUCUUGUAAAAUAAAAAUUACAUUGAUGUAUUGUAGAUUACAGGAUAGUUACUCCUUUGUGAGGCGAGGGCCAUGUGUGUAUGCUACCAUUGGAGGAACUACUUCAAAAUCACGUUACUGGAGAGGGCAGGUGUGUGCGCAGCCUCGUCCUUCUCGCUCGGAUCUCGUAUUGCAGUCAGCUGUCUCUGGGUCCAGGUUACUGCUUAAGUUGUGUUGGCUGACUGUCUCGUCCCUUAAAGCUGACGUCCCUCUGCCCAGAUUUUCAAAAGAAAUACCAACUUUUAAUGUAUUAGGUCGAAAGAAUUACUCUGCCCAGCAGAUUAUUAUUUUUUUACUCCUUUAGUAACAUUUUUUCCUAAUUAUACAACUGUGUUUAGCAAAGUAAUAUCGGAAUAUAUUUUUCUGAAGUACUGAUUAAUGUUACGAUCGCUCCGUUCGUUUUUUAUGUAGAAAGUAAAUUCGUGUAGCAACUUUAUAAUAAAUUCAAUUUGUAUUUCAGCUUUAUUUGGAU